CCGUCGGUCCGUCCGCGCGUCCGUCGGUCCGUCCGCGCGCGCGCGCGUCUGUUUCCCACCCCCAUCCCCUUCCCCUCCGCCCCCCGCCUCGGCAUGGCCGGCGUGAGCUUCAGCGGCCACCGGCUGGAGCUGCUGGCGGCGUACGAGGAGGUGAUCCGGGAGGAGAGCGCGGCCGACUGGGCUCUCUACACUUACGAGGAUGGUUCGGAUGACCUCAAGCUGGCCGCGUCAGGAGAUGGGGGCUUGCAGGAACUCUCGGGUCACUUUGAGAACCAGAAAGUGAUGUACGGCUUCUGUAGUGUCAAGGACUUCCCGGCAGCUCUGCCCAAAUACGUGCUCAUCAACUGGGUCGGGGAAGAUGUGCCUGAUGCCCGCAAAUGCCAGUGUGCGAGCCAUGUGGCUAAAGUGGCUGAGUUCUUCCAGGGAGUCGACGUGAUCGUGAAUGCCAGCAGCGUGGAAGACAUAGAUGCGGGCGCCAUCGGGCAGCGGCUCUCCAAUGGGCUGGCGCGGCUCUCCAGCCCCGUGCUCCACCGGCUGCGGCUGCGCGAGGAUGAGAACGCAGAGCCAGUGGGAACCACCUAUCAGAAGACUGAUGCGGCUGUGGAAAUGAAACGGAUUAACCGCGAGCAGUUCUGGGAGCAGGCCAAGAAGGAGGAAGAGCUGCGGAAGGAGGAGGAGAGGAAGAAGGCCCUGGACGAGAGGCUCAGGUUUGAGCAGGAGCGGAUGGAACAGGAACGGCAGGAGCAGGAAGAGCGGGAGCGACGCUACCGGGAGAGGGAACAGCAGAUAGAGGAGCACAGGAGGAAACAACAGACUUUGGAAGCUGAGGAGGCCAAGCGGCGGCUGAAGGAACAAUCUAUCUUUGGGGACCAGCGGGAUGAAGAGGAAGAAACCCAGCAGAAGAAGUCAGAAUCCGAGGUCGAGGAGGCAGCGGCCAUCAUCGCCCAGCGACCUGACAACCCGCGGGAGUUCUUCAAGCAGCAAGAACGAGUGGCAUCGGCUUCCGCCGGCAGCUGUGACGCGCCCUCGCCCUUCAACCACCGGCCAGGUCGUCCGUACUGCCCUUUCAUUAAGGCAUCGGGCAGUGCGCCUUCCUCCUCCUCCUCUUCCUCCUCCUCCCCUCCACGGAUUCCCUUUCCCUAUAUCACCUGCCACCGCACCCCAAACCUCUCUUCCUCCCUCCCAUGCAGCCAUCUGGACAGUCACCGCAGGAUGACGCCCACCCCCGUCCCCGCCCGCAGCCCCACGCACUCCAGCACGGCCUCCACGCCCAUUUCCGAGCAGAUCGAGCGGGCCCUGGACGAGGUCACAUCCUCGCAGCCACCACCUCCGCCCUUACCGUCCCCACCUGCCCAGGAAAUCCAGGAGUCCAGCCCUGGCUUGACUACUGAAGAGGCCACCAAGAAAAUGGCCGAAGCAGCACCUCAGGCUUGGGCUGGCCCCGCAGAGGAGCCCCCCCAGGCCCCAGGCAGCUCUGGCGAGGACUUGAUGUUCGUGGCGCCUCCCGAACCAGCAACGGUCCCAGGCGCCCCUCAGGAGCUGGUCUUGACCGACAGCCCGGCUGACGACGCCGACACUGCCAUUGCUGACCCUGGUGUUGCCAACCCGACCGCCAGCCUCGUCGACCUAUGGCCCAGCAAUGACGCCGGGGCCUCCGAACCCCAGGCCGAGCCGAGGGCUCCCACACCCCCCUCGGGGGCUGAGGUCGCCCUAGCGGAGGUGCCCCUGCUGGAUGAAGUGGCUCCUGAGCCACUGGGGCAGGCAGGCGAUGGCUGUGCCAACCUUCUCAAUUUUGAUGAGCUGCCCGAGCCGCCAGCCACCUUCUGUGACCCGGAAGAAGACGUCGAAGGGGACCCCCUGGCCGCUCCUCAGGUCCCGACGCUGCCCUCCGCUUUAGAGGACCUAGAUCAGGACCCGGAACUGGAGUCCGAGCCCCACCUGCUUACCAAUGGCGAGACCCCCCAAAAGGAGGGGACCCAGGCCAGUGAAGGCUACUUCAGCCAAUCACAGGAGGAGGAGUUUGCCCAAUCGGAAGAGCUGUGUGCGAAGGCUCCGCCCCCUGUGUUCUACACCAAGCCUCCAGAAAUUGACAUCACGUGCUGGGAUGCAGACCCGGUACCCGAAGAGGAGGAGGGCUUCGAGAGAGGUGAUUAGCGGCGGCGCCCACCCUCAGGCAGCCUUCCCGAGGUCGCCCACCUGCGCCUGCCUCCUGGCCUCACGGCCCGGCCGCGUCUGCGCCAGCAGCUGCCCUGCCUGGCCCCCCAACUCCGGAUUCCGGCCCUGGCCGGGGACUUGGCCGCUUCCUGACCCACAGGGCCCCCCACUUUUACAGCUUUUCUCUCUUUUUUUUAAAAAUUGAUAGACUUGUACAGUUGACCGGUUUUCCUCCCGUUGGUAGUUGAGACGCUGUUGCAAAAAUGCCGUCCCCACCCCUCCCCC